AUGCCCCAUCUGCCCCAUGCCAAGACCGUCUCAACUCACUUCUUGGGGUCCCACUGCACGCACAGGGAGUUCAUUCGAUGUGGCAACAAUAAGCCGGCUGCCGCUCAAGUCGGAGUACCUGCUUCGAAGCAGGUUCGUGACGUUAGCCUCCUUGCGCCCAACACCGAUGCGAGCUUCCCCAGGUUCAGAACGUUGAUCCACCACAACGACCCCGUCACGCACUAG